AUGUCAACCAACAAUGCUGAUAAUGGCUCUUCUUCCUUGAAUUCCGGUCACCGUGGCGGUGGCGGUGGAAGCGAUUCCAUAACGGCAGUGCCAAUAGAAAAUGCACCGCCGCCACCUCCUCCUCCUCCCCCGGCCCAGCCACAGCAGAAUCAUAUUUGCGCGGUGUGUGAGAGGCGGUUUAACACUCGCCAAGCACUCUUUGGACACAUGAGGGUCCAUGGUAGCCGUGGGUGGAGAGGGGCCUUACCUCCUCCUGUGUUCAAUAGAGACGAAUUCGCCGAUGUGCUACCAUUACUUGCUGCCGCUGCCGGCGAAGAUGCGGAUGCGCCGCCUCCUCCCGCAGACAAUGCUCCGCCGCCUCAGCCCGAAGGACUGCCUGAUAAUGCUCCGCCGCCUCAGCCCGAAGCACUGCCUGAUCUCAAUGAGCAUCAGUACAUUGUGCCUGAUCUGAAUUUUCCUCCCCCGCCGGCUUAA